AUGACGGAGAGAACGAGACAAGAAAUAGAUAAUCAAAUGAACAAUAUCAAUGAAUAUUCGGAAGAAAUAAAUGAUGACUAUGAGGGAACAGAGGAAUAUCCUAUAGAUGAAUACAGAAGUGUUCCAGACUACCAAAAGAGCUACCACACACAAAAUCCCUACUCAUUUGAAGACGAGUACACAGAAAAAAAUACAUGGGAAGAGUCAUUAGAUAGAUAUGGAGAAUACAGGCCAGAUGACUAUAACCGAGAGGGCUGGCAGUGGAAUGAGAGGGAGAGAGAGGAAACUCCCGUUGCCUGGCCCACCAUUGAAAAAAAGUCAAAAAAAGAGAAAAGUGCUCCGAGAAAGAAGUCAAAGUUUCGAGUCUGCACAAACUGCGGAACAACCACUACGCCUGCGUGGAGAAGAAGCACAAGUAACAAAAUACUGCUGUGCAAUGCCUGUGGGCUGUACCAGAGGCUGCACGGAAGCAACAGACCAUUCAGUGUGACGCCCGAUGGAAAAACAAAGGCAAUCAAGAAUAAUAUUGAAAAGGGCAUUUGCAGAGGAUGCGGAGUGGUCCAGACCCCUCUUUGGAAAAGAGGAAACAGCAAUGAGUGGCUUUGUAGCUCGUGCGGAUUGCUGUACAGCCGAAGAGAAAGAGAAAGGGAGGAGUAUGGGCAGGAGUGGUCAGAGUAUUCACAGAGCGAGGCGUGGAAGUAUACAGAGGAGUAUCCUGAGGGCACGCGGUGGCAUGAGAAAGAAGCCGGGCAGGACCAAGCCAUUCAGUAUGAGUAUAUGGAUAAAGAUGCAGAGGCAAACUAUUUUGGAGAUGAUAGAUUCAGAGGAUACUUUGGAUAUUACGAUCAGGAAAAAGAGUAG